GCGAAGGAAAACGCCCCUGGUCUGUCUGAGGCGCUCGCCCGUCAGGGGCCACCGGGCCGCAUGGCUUCUGCGGUAUGGGGCAGUGUCUCCUGGUGGGGCCCGCCGCCCCCCGCCCCGGCGCGACCGCUCACGGACAUCGACUUCUGCUCGGGGGCGCAGCUGCAGGAGCUGACCCAGCUGAUCCAGGAGCUGGGCGUGCAGGAGAGCUGGAGUAACGGGCCCCAGCCGGGAGCCGACCUCCUCCGGGCCAGGGAUUUCGUCUUCUCCCUCCUGGGUCUAGUUCACCGCCGGGAUCCCCGCUUUCCUCCCCAGGUGGAGCUCUUGCUGUUGCGUGGCGGCAUUCGCGAGGGUUCCCUGGACCUGGGGCCUGCACCGCUGGGCCCCUAUGCCCGGGGACCUCACUAUGACGCUGGCUUCACUCUGCUAGUGCCAAUCUUUUCGCUGGACGGCAACGGGCAGGAACUGCAACUGGAUCUGGAAUCUUCUUCUGCCUGGCUCCGCCUGCCAGGGUUGGUGUGUGGACGCUCGGCCCGGGAGGCCUGGCACGAUUGUCUAGGACCCCCAGUGCCAGAAGGACACGACUCCAUCCGCCACCCCGAGAGCAGCUCAAGUCCUGACAAGCGGCCCAGCCCGGUGCACCAGCCGGCCGGCGACGUCACCGAGCCCGAGGCACAGGCAGCCUCGGGAACAUCCCCGAGUGACAGUGACGUUUCAGGGCUGGAGUCACCCCAGCGUGACGUCACCACGGCUCUGGGCUCUCUCGCACUGAGUGAGGUCAUCCGGGCGGCCGUCGAAAGCGGCGUCCCAGAGGACGAGCCGCUGGAGACUCGGGAGGCGUGGCCCACGCUGUGCCCCACGCAGGUGGCCGCCUGGUUCUUCGCUACCCUGACGGCGGUCGCAGAGUCCCUGAUCCCAGUCCCGGGAGCUCCGCGCCUGGUGCACGCAGCUCGCCACGCGGGUUUCACCACGCUCCUCCUGGCGACGCCCGGGCCCCCGCGCCGCCUCCUGCUCUUCGACCUGAUCCCUGUGGUGUCCGUGGCCGGCUGGCCCGCUGGAGCUCGGAGCCACUCGUGGGCCGGUCCACUGGAGGACGAGUCGACCUCCUUCUACCUGGUGCCCGGCGGCGGCACCAAGCCGCCGGGAGCCUCCGAGUGGCAGCUCUGCUUCGCCCGCCAGGAGCUGGCGCUCAAGGCGCGCGUCCCGGCGCCGCUGCUGCAGGCGCACGCCGCGGCCCAGGCGCUGCUGCGCCCGCUGGUGGCGGGGACCCGGGCCGCGGCGCCCUACCUUCUGCGGACGCUGCUGUACUGGGCGUGCGAGCGGCUGCCCGCGCUCUACCUGGCGCGCCCGGAAAAUGCGGGUGCCUGCUGCCUGGGGCUGCUGGACGAGCUAGGCCGUGUGCUCGAGGCCGGAAAGCUGCCUCAUUAUUUUCUGAGCCGCCGAAAGCUCAGCGCUGGGGAUGGCUCCUUGGCGCUGCUCGGGGCAUUGGUCCAGCUCCGUGGGGACCCUGUGCAGGCCCUGCGAGCGGCUGUAGAGGAAGCCAAGGUGGCGCGCAAAGGGGGUGGCUUGGCGGGCGUGGGAGGCGGGGUGCAUUAA